UUCAAAGAUAGGCUUUUGCCAUCAUGGUCCCGUUGAGAUUACCCGGUUAACCCCCCCACAUAUUUUCGGCCCAUAAGAACCCCGGCGUCCCGCAAUUUUGACCCAUCCUCUCCAAUUGCUCUCUUGGACCCCGUUUCCCCUUCCUACCUCUGCAGCAAGAUUCAGAAGAUAUUCAAAUCGGUCGCGCACGAUGGUUGCAAGUAUCCCGUCCGUGAAGCUCAAUGACGGAACCACGAUUCCAAUUCUCGGCUACGGAAGUGGCACAAAAUGGUUCAAACGAGGAGAAAGCACCGGCCUAGACCGAAAUCUCGUCGAUGCGACCAAGAAUGCCAUCAAGCUGGGAUAUCACCAUCUUGACGGGGCGGAGGUUUACGGGACAGAAGAAGAACUUGGAAUUGCGAUCAAAGAAAGUAGCGUUCCGAGAGACCAGCUCUAUGUGACGACGAAAGUGAUCACCAACAUCUCUGAUAUCCCGAAGGCGAUUGACGAGAGUUUGAGGAAAUUGCAGCUGGAUUAUGUUGACCUAUACCUUAUUCAUUCCCCCUUCUUCGCAAAAUCUGACGAAGAUUUGCAAAAAGCAUGGGCCGAAAUGGAAAAGGUCAAGGAAUCCGGUAAAGCACGAUCAAUUGGUGUAUCAAACUGGCUCCAAAACCACCUCGAAGCCGUCCUAAAGACAGCCAAGAUUGUGCCGUCCGUUAACCAAAUCGAAUAUCACCCCUAUCUCCAGCACAGUGGUCUACUCGAUUUCCACCAAUCCAAGGGCAUCACCACCACUGUGUAUGCACCCUUAACUCCUGCAACGAGAGCAAAGGGUGGUCCGGUGGAUAGCAUUCUGGAUAGUCUAGCCAAGAAAUACAACACCACUGAGGGUAACGUCUUGCUUCGGUGGGCUAUCGACCAGGGCGCAGUUCCCAUAACCACCAGUUCGAAAGAAUCGCGCCUGGCCGAGUACCUUGAAACGUUGAAGUUUAAGCUGACUCCGGAAGAAGUUGAAGAAAUCAAGAAGCUGGGCGAACAAAAGCAUUUUAGAGCUUUCUGGACAGAUAAAUUUGCUGCUGACGAUCGAUCAUAGAUAGCGAUGUGAAGGUUCGUUGAAAACGGUAAAAUGCGAAGUCUUGCAAUAUACGUAAAACACGCGUGUUGUAGCUAGUCGUAGCAUCCAAACUAGAUGGAAUAAAUGCCGAAACUCUUCUGAAAUAGGCAUUUAAUAUUCUUCAUAUUCUCUCUCAACGAGUGGAUAUAUCCACCAGCUAUGUUGUUAUGGCC